UCCCUCACACCUCGACCGCAAGAUAAUCAUCGAAAGCGCGACAAAAUGACGAAGCGCACAAAGAAGGUCGGCGUUACCGGUAAAUAUGGUACCAGAUAUGGUGCCUCCCUGCGUAAGCAGGUGAAGAAGAUGGAAAUCUCGCAACACGCCAGAUACAUCUGCACAUUCUGCGGCAAGAACACCGUUAAGAGAAAGGCCGUUGGAAUCUGGGAGUGCCGUUCCUGCAAGAAGACUAUCGCCGGAGGUGCCUGGACUGUCGCAACCCCUGCUGCCGUUGCCACACGAUCAACCAUCCGUCGUCUUCGUGAAAUUGCGGAAGUCUAAAUGGGGAUAUGGCGUUACUGUCUUCUUAUGUCUUGUUUGAAUUGUCGCAUUGAAUAAUGAAUGAUGGGGCAUUGUCGAUAGCUCGAGCAACCUCUUGCGGCUGAGGCUCGCCGAUUAGACAACAGAAAUACCAUUACCUUAUGACCCCA